GCGAUUCGUUUCAGAGAAAAUGGGAGAUUUUGCUUAUACUUUAUUGGACACCAUUAGGAAUGUUGGAGAUCGACUUUCACAUUUUUUUCAAAAUCGCGAGACUGUAAAGAAAGGUAUAACAACGCUUCCGAGAAAAACAUAUUUCUGGCAAGAUGCAACUGCAAAAUAUACAAAAACUACGAAAACACUGAAAAGAACUGCCAAGCAAGCUCCGCCACUUAGCGCUUACACGACUAAGACUCUCCAUUAUAAAGUAAGAUCUGAUCCAAUGUCGUCGAUGGAUACUCCUCAACUUAUUACACUGCACGGAAGACGAGCCGAAUCGCACAUUGUUUUAACAGAAGACGGCUACCUUUUGACACUACAUCGCAUAGUAGCAGCCCGUUCAAAAAGAAGUGCAGAUGUGAAGAACAAUACAGUGUUGCUACAUCAUGGAUUGCUCGGUAGUUCCGCGGACUGGGUUUUACUUGGUGCAAAGAAAUCAUUACCUUAUUUACUAUCCAAUCUUGGAUACGACGUAUGGCUCGCAAAUGCAAGAGGUAACGUUUACUCCAGAGGACAUGUGUCGAAAAAUAUUAACAAUUCAGAUUUUUGGAAAUUUUCAUGGCAAGAAAUGGGUCAAUACGAUUUACCAGCAAUCAUUCAUUAUAUCAGAUUGGUAAAGAAUACUAGCGAUCCUAUAAGUUUCGUUGGACACUCGAUGGGCGCUACUGCUUUGCUUGUUUUAUUGUCAACGUCUCCAAUAUUUAAUACAUUUAUCAGAAUAGGAAUAUUGAUAGCGCCUUUAGCCUUCAUGGUAAAUAGCAAAGGGCCUCUCAGAAUGUUUGGUCCCUUUGCGCCUCGGCCACCUCUGCUUCAACAAGUAAUGAGUACGGGUGAAUUUAUGCCUUCAAAAAUAACCCCAGAAUGGUUGUCAUCAAGACACUGCGCGAGACCUCAAGUACUAUGUAGGAAUCCGCUAUUUUAUCUUGCGGGUGAUAUACUUCAAGGACCUUUGUGGGAUGAAAAUCUAUUAACCAGAGUACUUAAUCAUGUACCAGCGGGCACUUCGACUUAUACCAUUUCACAUUACGCACAAUUAACGAGAAACGGCAAAUUUCAUAAAUUUGGUGAUGUCAUAACAGAGUUUCCAUUGAAUAGGAUUAGUCUGCCUAUUGCGUUGAUAAGUUCCAGUGAAGAUUGGUUGGCGCCUUUACCGGACGUAAAAAAAUUGUACUUUGGACUUUCAAAUCCAAUUGAUCACUUUGUUAUACGUAACAACAAUUUCAGCCAUACAGAGUUUGUUUGGGGACCGAAAGCAGAUAUAAUAGUUUUUAGAAAAGUUAUAGAUUAUAUUAAGAAUGGAUUAUCUUUGAGUGUGAUUAAAUUAAAUGAAGUAUAG